GUCAACAUCAGCACAAAAUAUUCUUUAAAGUCGCCACAUCUACACUGCCAGAUAGCUGUAGGUGAAGUGAAACACGAUCCAAGUCUCGUGUCAGAACAAGGGCUCAAUCCCUGGGGAAAGAACCCUUGAUUAGGUUACUAUGUCAGAUGAGGGAAUCGUGUUGUCAGAGCACACGAAGGAACCGCCUUGUUUCUCGUCCAGAAUCAAUAUGGAGCAAGAGGACCCGGCUUCAAAGAGAAGGAAAGUCGCGAAUCGUUUCUGAAAUCCACGCUGAGGGGACCUUGCCGAGCGUCCUCAUCGUCAACGGGGAGAGCGGAAAGCGGCAAGACGGUUCUCUACAAGAAGCUCAUCGCCGACUGGACCGCCCGGGGCUCGCGUGGAAGCGCCGUGGCUGACUUCGACCUGGUCUUCAAGACCGAGUGUCAUGAGACAACCAGGUCCUUCGGCCAGUUGCUCCGCCAGCUUUUGCCCAGCACCGUGAGUUCCAAAAAACAUGACGAUGCUCAAUUCAAACAAUACAUUCUCAGCCAAAAAGUCCUGUUCCUUGUCGAUGGCUUCGAGGAACUGAAUGAGAGCUCAGAUGCCUUGCUUGAGGAGAUCCUCUUUCUUGCAUCCCGCAACGUCCGCAUCGUAUGCGCCACGCGGCCCUUCCGACUCAACAGGAUACGGAGGAAGGCGGCGGACGCUGGCCUGUCCUUCAUGGUGUUCAGGAUGACGGGCGUGGCGCCCGCGUCCCGAACCGACUUCGUUGUGAAGUAUCUAGAGAACCUGGUGAGUCCGCACAGGAACAAGGAGACCAGGGAAUGGCUUUACACCUACUUCAGAAAUAUUGGCAACUGGUGCAAAAAGAACUUCUGUUCUCCCUUCAACUUGGCGGUGCUCAUUCUGCUCAGCGUCUACGAUCCUGCGAUGAUGAGCCACCUCACGACGGGCACGGCCUUCUUCGCCCAACUGGAGAAGUUCAGAAUCCUCAGACUCGUCAACCAUCUUACCAGCCGCCCAGAAUACGCACACUUAUCCCCGGAAGAGCUGAGGUUUCUUUGCUCGGGAUUCAUCAAGCUGCUCAACGACCUCGCUUUCGAGAGCCUGCAACUUGGGGAGACGACCUUAGCGCCCAGUGCGAUGACCAGGCUCGCCGAGAAAUGCAGGAGGCUCGGCUUGCCGGCGGAAACGAUGUUCUCGGCGUUUUUGAAGUGCCAGCUUUCGGCAGGGAAUCGCAGCUACUCCUUCGGGGAAAAAAGCAUUCAGGAGUUCAGAGCUGCUUGCCAUUUGUGCUUCCUCGCCACGUACCAGCCGGUGCUUGGCUCCGAUUCGAGCCAGAGCUCUGCAGGAUCUCCCUUCCACGACGUGGUCUUCUUCACAGCAGGUCUGCUGGCAGAGAAGCUGUCUCAUGCACUUGCUGAGAACACCGAGUUUAUAAUUCAGCAAGCUGUGGGGGCGGGCAUAAAAGAAACCAGUGAGUGGUUGGACCUCCUGCAGGAGGCCCUGUGUCACGAAGUGUUGGCAGAGGCCGUCGGCCGCUCCGCGCUGAGGAAGGACAGGUGGGACGUCAAGGAGGUCCAUCUGCCGGCGUUGAGGACUCUCCUUCUCGUGGCCUCGCCAAAGAGUCUACACGUCACCGUGAACAGUCUGGAAAGGCCUCCGGAAGAAAUACCUGUUCUUUGCGAAGUUUUGAGAAGAGUCGCUGGUCAGCCAGUCUCAAUUUCCCUCAGCUUGAAUUACUACUUCGUGAUGGGCAGGAGUAGAAACGCGGACAACCUCCUGCGCCUCCUUCUACAGGGCUCUGCUGUCAUCACGGGAUUCGUCGGUUACUUAUCCAGCAGCAUGAUAUCACAAUUACCAAGCACGCUGCACACCCUCGCGUUGCAGGUCGACCGCCGCGAGCUGGAAACCCUGGCCAGCGUUCUCCCUAAAAUGAAGCACCUUGAGAGGCUAGAGAUUUUCCUGCGUGUGGACAACAGUACACAGAAACUACCGUGUCUGGACUUCCACCAGCGAGAGUUGAUCGUCGAUUUCUGCAAGAUCCGUGAUGAAAGCACGGCGUGGGUGACGAGGGCCCUUUCGAGUCUCUCGCGGCGCCCCUUCGCCAGGGUAAAGCUCUUCCACAGCUUCCUGACGGCGCGGGGGGCACUCGCUCUGCUCGCGGCUCUGCGGGCGGCCAAAGUAUCCUUCGCCGCGGGAGGCCUCCUGGAGGUGCGGUCCUGCCACGCCCCUUCCGAGGACGAGCGACGGCAGCUCAGAGGGCUUCCUGUCGCCUUUCGCAUUCAGUGAUUUUAGUCAUAUUACUGUAUGUAUUAGGGAAGAAGACUG